CAACAGUGACCAUACGACAGUAGAGAGAACUCCCCUCCUGUCGCAAUGGCCGCACCGCAAGUACAUCACCUUUUCCACGCACCAAUCUCCGACCACUCCUUCUCCGCCGACCGACGCACGCUGGCCGUGACCCGCGAUAAUAAUGUGGAACUGUAUGGAGCAAGCGGAAACAAGUUCUCCCUCCAAGAUGAGCUUCGUGGACACGACAAGCUCGUCACAGGUGUAGAUAUUGCGCCCAACAGCGGUCGCAUUGUCACAUGCUCCCAGGACAGAAAUGCAUAUGUCUGGGAGCCCAGCAAGACUGGGGAGUGGAAGCCAACAUUGGUUCUGCUGCGAAUCAAUCGAGCCGCAACGUGCGUUCGCUGGAGCCCGAACGAGAGCAAGUUCGCUGUGGGGAGUGGUGCCAGAAUCAUUGCUGUCUGCUAUUUUGAAGAGGAGAAUGAUUGGUGGGUUAGCAAGCACUUGAAGAAGCCUCUUCGAUCAACAGUCACUUCGGUGGCAUGGCAUCCGAAUAGCGUAUUGCUUGCUUCAGGAAGCACCGAUGGGCAUGCCCGUGUGCUUUCAUCUUUCAUCAAGGGCACCGAUGAGAGGCCAGAGCCAUCUGCGUGGGGCGAGCGACUGCCAUUCAACACUGUCUGCGGCGAAUUUCUCAACUCCACAGCAGGAUGGGUUCAUUCUGUUGCGUUCAGCCCGAGUGGAAACUCCCUAGCAUUUGCAGCACACGACAGCAGCAUCACGGUCGUCUAUCCUUCCGCCCCGGAACAACCACCUCAAGCAGUCAUCAGCAUCUCUACUCAGCUGCUACCAUUCGCUGACCUUCUCUGGAUCUCGGAGUCUGAGAUUGUAUGCGCUGGUUAUGAUUGUGAAGUCUACAAAUUCUCUGGAUCUGCUUCUGGUUGGGAGCUUGCCGGAUCUCUAGAGAAAGGCAGCGCAGGAGCUGGUGCAGGAGCGGUCAGGGAGGAAAGCGCGCUGAACAUGUUCCGCAGCAUGGAUUUGAAAGGCCGUAGUGGUGGUGUUGAUGACACAAAGCUGAGGACCGUCCAUCAGAACACGAUCAACAGGGUUAGGGCUUACCAAGGCGGAGGGAGUGGACGAGUGUCGCAGAUUAGUACUGCUGGUGUCGACGGACGCGUUGUGGUAUGGAGUCUCUAGUCAAUCAGUCAUCACUGAUGGCCCGCAUAAACCCUGUGGGCUGGAUAGACCUCAUACCGGGUUUGAAUGGAUAGUGCAACGCUCAAAUACAAUCUUCAACUUCUUUAUUCC